AUGCCCAGCAAAGUAUUUGUUGCUAAUCUUCCCAAAGACGUCCGAGAGUCAGAAUUGAAGGACGAAUUUAGUAGAUAUGGAACUGUAAUAGACGUGACUCUCAAGCUCACAGGACACACUCCCUAUGGAUUUGUCGAGUUUGAAGAGGAAUCUGCAGCAGAGGAAGCUGUGAAAGGUAAGAAUGGCUCUGUGUUGGGUGGAUUAUCGUUGCGUGUUGAAGUUGCUAAUGGAAGAGGACCAAAGGGAGAUAGAGGUUCAAAAUACGGUCCUCCCGUACACACCAACUAUCGAGUAGAGGUGACUCACCUUCCCUACCACUGCAGUUGGCAGGAUCUUAAAGAUCAUAUGAGAAAGGAAGGAGAUGUUGGUUAUUGCUCAGUGGAUGGUGGUGUUGGCAUUGUGGAGUAUACAAACUAUGACGAUAUGAUGCGUGCAAUCAAAUACUUGGACGAUUCCAAGUGUUUGAGUCGUGGAGAGAGUAGCUACAUUCACGUCCGCCGUUACCGUGGUCGUAGUCGUAGUCGUAGUCGUAGUCGUAGCCGUUCUCGAAGCAAUCCGCGCUACUCACGAAACACUCGUUCCAGAUCUCGUUCUCGAGAUGUGCGUCGCUCUGACCGAAGAGACUCGCGGGAUCGUUCUCCUCCUAGAAGAGAUUCGAGAGAUCGUUCUCCUCCUAGAAGAGAUUCACGGGAUCGUUCUCCUCCUAGAAGAGAUUCGAGAGAUCGUGCAAGCCCUGAGAGAAGAGACUCCCGGGAUCGUGCAAGCCCUGAGAGAAGAGACUCGAGAGAUCGUUCUCCUGAGAGAAGAGACUCGAGAGAUCGUUCUCCUGAGAGACAAGAUUCGAGAAAUCAUUCCCCUGAGAGACAGGACUCGAGAGACCGCUCUCCUGAGAGAAGAGAUUCCAGAGACCGCUCUCCUGAGAGAAGAGAUUCCAGAGACAACUCCCCUGAAAGAAGAGACUCCAGAGACAACUCCCCUGAGAGACAAGACUCGAGGGAUCACUCCCCUGAAAGAAAAGAUUCAAAAUCGCGUUCUGCUUCCAAAAACUCUCGUUCCCCUUCUCGGUCCCCGGAGAGAGAAUCGCCUGAACGAAGAGAAAGUCCUCGUGAUAGCCGCUCUCCGUCACCAAAUAAGACUAGUGCUUAA